AUGGCUAAAUCUAAAGACAACAUCGAGGAAUCAAAGUUCCUGAACUCGCCAAAAGUUGAGCUCAUUGAGUUUUUCCGCCCUUACAAAAACGAAGUCAAUCUUUAUGUCACCAACAUAUCAAGGCGGCUUGAGAAAGAAAUGGUGCAAGUGAAACUGUUAGAGAUAUUCUCCCAGUUCGGCUUGAUCUACGAAGUACAAGUGAUGGACUCAUCAGAUAACUCAGAAGCUUCAGAGGAGAUCAAUUCAAACUGUGCUUCUUCAUAUGCAUUUGUCAAGUUUUAUUCCGCAAGGGAAGCAAGAAGGGCAAAGGAAAGCACACAUGGAAAGUGGAUUCUAGGAGGACAGUUUUUGAAGGUUCAAUUUGCACAGCGCAGAAAGUUCACAGAAGUUGUUCAACAGCCAUUGUACAUGGCAAAGUGUACUGUGCUAGCUAACUAUUAUUUAGGAUUCAAUGGCUGGUCAACUCGAAUCAUGCAGUUGGAUAGACUUGAGAAUAGGUCAGAAACUGAAGAUAGCCAGGAAAAAAAGAAUGCUGUUUAUAGAUGUGUAGUAAGGCUGGAGAUAAAAGAUUUUGAAUUCUUCUGUGAAGGCACUGGAUAUGGUGGAGAUAAAAACAUACUGGAACAAGGUUAGAAUUGAAGGGCUUAAUAGAAG